AUGAGACGAGUCCAGUGCAAUCCAUUGGAGCAGCAAAUCAACGUGAAACUGGACAAAAUGUUCCAGAAGAAAAACUGCUUCAUCCAAGUGCAGCCUGGCAAUAUCACGCUUCCGUCGAAAUAUGCGGAGAUUGCGGAAGCAAUUCUCGAUCUGGAGAUCCGGAAAGACGACGUCUGGGUCGUUUCUUAUCCGAGAACAGGUUCAACAUGGGCACAGGAAAUGGUUUGGCUCUUGGGCAACAACUUGGAUUACGAUUCGGCGCGUCAAAUUCAGAUCGCUCGCACACCUUUGUUGGAGUUGUCGGCGAUUUUCGGGGAAGAUCACGCCGACUGGCUCAAGAGCUCCAUGGGGAAUUCCGUUGAUGCAGUAGCAAAAAGAGCAAGUCCUCGUUUCAUUAAAAGUCAUUUGCCGUUACAUUUGUUGCCGACGCAGUUGCAACAAGUAGAGCCCAAGAUAAUUUACACGUCCCGCAACCCAAAAGACCUCUGUGUGUCAUACUAUUACUACUGCCAGCUCGUUCACGAUCUCCAAAGCACUUUCAACGAAUUCUGUGAGCUCUUUUUGUCCGACAACGUUCCCAUGGGCGACGUUAGUUUACACAUGUUGGCAUUCUGGAAUAUGCGUCACAAGCCGAACAUUUUAUUCCUGAAAUACGAAGAGAUGAAGCGAAAUUUCCCCGCAACUAUUGAAAAAUGUGCAAAAUUUUUGAAUCGCGAGCCUUUGACUGACGAUCAAAUGCAAACAAUGUGCGAUUAUUUGAAAUUUGACAAGAUGCAAAAGAAUCCGGCAGUAAAUUUGGAGCCUGUUAUCGGAAGUGAAGAUUUGCCGGUAAAGUUCAUAAGAAAAGGACAAAUUGGCGAUUGGAAAAAUUACAUGGAUGAGGAAAUGUCGGCGCGGUUUGAUACAUGGAUUGAGGAGAAGUUUAGAGGAAGCGGAUUGGAAUUUGAAUAUGAGUAG